GUUUAUACUGGCUACGAUUGUCAUUUAUUGGAUACAUUCUAGUUGAAAAUCAGCCAAUCAGAGGCCUCGAAAACCCACUAGAACGUAUCCAAUAAAUGACAAUCGUAGCCAGUCUAAACCGUGCAAAUGACCCUCCAGGAAGAUUUCGCGCCCUACUAUCCACCAUGUUUCCUCGAGCCGAAAUACAUCGUUUCAACGAUGUCAAAAACGAUGUUCCUGCCCCAGGAGCUUAUGACCCUAAAUUUGAUGAUAUGAAAAUCAAAGGGGUGGGCAUGGACAAAAUGACAGAUAGGUUUACUAAACCCAAACAUACGGCAAAUGACUGUGCCUUGCAGCGCUCUGCCAGCUUGAACACGUUGCCUGUCUGCAUUCCCCCAAUGCGCAAGAAGUCAGUUAAGUUCAGUCAAGCAUUCAGAGACAGUUCUCUUGAAGAACAAUUGCAUGCAGCAAAUUGCAAGCUUUUAGACUCAGAAUCUAAAUGCAAACAACUAGAAAAUGACAUUGCAGUAGAUAGAGAAGCCAUUGCACGAGUGGAACUGGAAAAGUCUGACUUGACUAAGGAAGUUGAUCGCCUCAUGGAAGAGAUUGCUGAACAAAAGUCACAUCUUGCUAAUCUGACUGAAUCAUUCAACAUUGCCGAUGCUAAUCUUGCUGAAAGGAAAGCUGCUGUUUCCGAAUUGGAACAAACCAAAACUGAAUUGUUGCUUGAAAUGGAGAUUCUGAAAGAACGGGUAGAGCAGAAUAAGUCUGAAAUGGAAAUGUCAGUCAGACGCUGCCUUGAACUGGAAGGAUGUAUUGCUGAGGCUAAAGCUGAAAAUGGGAAACUAGUAGAGAUCCGCCUGUCUCUUUCCAAUGAAGUAGCUGAUCUGGGUGAGCGUCUUAAUAUUAAAGUUAUUGACUUAGAAGAGAAGCUUGCCUCUGUCACUUCUGAAUUGGAAUUGUCUCAAUUGAAGUGCCAAUCUCUUGAAGGUGUUGUCGAACAGUGCCAAAAAAAACUCCUCGAGACAGAAAAUGAGAAGUCCAAGUUAGCAGCCCAAGUUUUAGAACUAGCUUACAAACUAGAGCAGCAAGUGCUAGAUGAAAGGAAAACUAACAAAACACUGCAGGAAGAGAUUGAUGACGAACAGGAACAACAUCAGCGUCAGAUUCAGGCUCAGUCAGUGAAGAUUACUGAAUUAGAUGCUGAAGUUCAAAAGCAAUCAGAUUUGGCCCAAUUUUUGCUGACUAGAGUUGAAGAGAAUCGCAAGGAAGUGGAAAAGAUGGAAGAAGAGAAAAUGGUUUUGCAAAAUGAAAUUAGCUCUUUAAAAAUGCAAAACAAAAAAAUGAUUCAAUGGGAAAAUGAAGAGUCAUUGCAGAAAGCAAAGAAAGUUGAGUCACAAAAGGAAGAGAUACUGGCAUUGACUGAGCAAGUUGAAAAGAUAAAACUUGAUGUAGAGAGGGAGAAAACUAUUGGCCGGGAACGGGAAGAAGCUUUAACUGAAGAGAUUUCUUCUCUCAAAAUUUCUCUAGGAGCAAAAACACAAGAAGUAGGUACUGUCAAAGGAAGACUUCAGCUGCUUGAAUCUGAAUUGGAGCAGACUACCAGACGGAAGGAUACUUACUUAGCUGUCCUUGGUGAACUACAGCAAGAAAUCAUACAAAGCCAAUCCAAGAUGUCAAGUCUCGAAGAUGACCUGAAAUCUACACAACAGAAGCCCCAUGAACGAGAAAGUCAUUUUAAUGUGCCUCCAAGCGAAGAGGGCGUCGACGCCGCCGCGGCCGCUGAAACCGGGACGCUGACUCCAAGGCCUCAGCGCCGCCGCAACGUCCGCGCCGCCACAUUCUUGGUGCCGACUCCAGGGAGGAAGGCUCCAAGGAAGAAGCAGCGGAACGGCAGAGACAAAGGUGAGCACCAACAGACCAGCAGGCCA